CGAUGGAAGGAGCAUGGGCUGUGCCUCGUUACUAGGUGGGGUUUAUCAUGGGUAUAAAUAAACUGUUUCUGUCGCCACAACGCCCUGGAACCUCAGCAAGAAAAAAAACUUCUCCCUCUAGGCUAGACGACAGACUCCCACAGUCCCACCAUGUCUCUCUUCUCGGAGUUCCUGCAGCAGGCGGUCUAUCUGGGCCUGCCUGAUGACUCAACCCUGCCCAAUGAGGGAACAGUGACCGCAGCACCCAAUUUUAGCCCCAACGGAGAUGCAGGAGUCUUGGAUAAGGCCAUCAAGGUGAAAGGUGUGGAUGAAAACACCAUCAUUGAUAUUCUGGUGAAGCGAAGCAACGAACAGAGGCAGCAGAUUAAAGAGGCCUACCAGCAGGCCUCUGGCAAGCCUCUGGAGUCUGCGCUGAAGGCCGCUCUGAAGGGAGAGCUGGAGGAUGUGGUGCUGGCUCUGCUCAAAACACCUGCUCAGUAUGACGCCCAGCAGCUCAAACUGGCUAUGAAGGGUCUGGGCACCGAUGAGGACACCCUCAUUGAGAUUUUGGCUUCUCGAACCAACAGGGAGAUCGAAGCCAUUAAGAAAGCCUACAAGGACGAAUACAAGAAGGAUCUGGAGGAUGACAUCAGGUCUGACACAAGUGGAGACUUCAAGAAUGCCCUCCUUGCACUCUGCAAGGCCAGCAGGACUGAGGGAGUGAGUGAGGAGCUGGUGGACAGCGAUGCCAGGGCUCUGUAUGAGGCAGGGGAGCGGAGGAAGGGCACAGACUGCUCCGUCUUCAUCGACAUCCUCACCACCAGGAGCGCACCUCAUCUCCGCAAAGUGUUUGAUAGGUACUCCAAGUACAGUAAAGUGGAUGUGGCCAAAGCCAUUGACAUGGAGUUGAAGGGAGACAUUGAGAGCUGUCUCACAGCAGUAGUGAAGUGUGCUGGAAACAGGCCUGCAUUCUUUGCUGAGAAACUCUACCUGGCCAUGAAGGGCAAAGGAACCCGCACCAAAAUCCUGACCCGUGUCAUGGUGAGCCGCUCCGAACUGGACAUGAAACGCAUCAAAGAGGAGUACAAGAAGAAGUAUGGCAAAACACUCCACCAGGAAAUUCUGGAUGACACCAAAGGCGACUAUGAGAGGAUACUGCUGGCUCUGUGUGGCGGAGAGAACUAAUGACCAAUUGGGAUUAUGGCUCAUAUGACUGAAGACAUCCACCCUGCUAACCAGUGACAAUGUCCUCUAUAAUCACCCUCACAUGUAUACCUUUGUGCCCUGUGCUCUUGUGGAAAACUGCCAAAGUGCCCUCUUUCUCUGUCAUGACAGAAAACAGUUAUAAACAGCAAUGGGCAGAAAAUACCAAGGGAAACAGCAAUGCUUAAGUAGAUGGUCUCUUUGCAAUUAAAACCAGUUAUCCCUUUUCUUUCAAAUACUCUAUCUAGUCAUAGAGCUGAGAGUCUAUUUAAUAGGAAAGCAACCAGGGCCUUGCUCACAUUUUACCGACUUACACCUCAUAACAUUGGGCUGGUGCUAACAGGGAAGCUGGAAUCAAAGUUAGUGAUCACUGUGCAACUGUUAGAUUAUACCAGAUCUUGAUGUGCUCACCAUGUGCCAGAUGUAUUCAGUGGCAGCAGGACAGUGGUAGGAGAUUGGACAAGCUGAGAAUAAAAGCUUUUUGUAUGAAGGCCUAA